AUGAAUUUUGAGUGCUUUCAUGAAAUAGCUCAGUGGAUAAUUAAUUCUCGAACCAUUGUCGAAAAUAUUGAAUACGAGGAAUCGCCACUUAAACCACCAGAUUAUAAUAUUAUUCCUUUCAAUCAACUUGAUAUCUACAAAGAUACAGAUGCAGAAGUAGAUAUCCUGGCAAUAGCAAUGAUGACGAAUGCACCAAGACAAGUUAAUACAAGCCAUGGCAAAUCAUUGGUACAAGACAUAUAUGUGAUCGAUUCAAGUUUAAAGGUUCUACGUUUGGCAAUGUGGAACAAAUUUGUCCACGAUGAAUGCUCUGAAAUUUGUAAUAUUAUUAUGGAAAAGCCAAUUGUCCUUGCAACAAAAAUCAGAGUCUCUUCGUAUAACGGCUUAUCAUUAUCGUCACGACCUACGAGUGUCUUCACCAUUGAGCCAUUUCUUGCAUCUGCCAUUUCAUUACGUGCAUGGGCAACAGAAAACAACUUGUUACUUGAGGAAACAAUUGCCAAAAAUUUGGAUAGGCCAGUUGCAUCAACAUCAGGUUCUACCGAUCCAUUAGUCAAAAUAUCAGAAAUUGUGGAAGCCUUAAAGUCUAUUCCAGCAAUGACGCGAUCAACAUUUAUGGUUAGAGGCAAAUUUACAAUAUCUGAUCUGCAUCAACCAUUUUUUUACUUAUCAUGUGCAAAGUGUAGUAAAACCACUGGAUACGAAAAAGAUGAAGAGUUUUUAUGCUAUAAUUGCAAAGAACAAACAACCGCAAAGCCAAGAUGGGUCUUCAGAACAAAGCUACGCACAGACGGCUCCAUCGAAAGGCGUAAAGCCGGGAUCGUCGCAAAGGGGUUUCACCAAUAA